CAAGCACUUACUGCUUUAGCUAUUACUGUUCUGCUUGAAGGAUAGAGCUGCCUGACUCCUUCUUAGAAAGCAAUACUGUAAACAUGACUCAGGAAUUUGUGCAGAGCAAAAUCAAAUCUGAUAAAGUGGCUGUUUUUAUAAAGCCAACCUGUCCUUACUGCCAGGAUGCAGUGAAACUACUCAAAAAAUAUUCCUUCAAGAAAGGCCACCUGGAAUUCAUUGACAUCACCACCCAAGAUGAUAUGGAUGGCAUUCAGGAUUAUUUCCAGCAGACAACAGGGGCAAGAACAGUCCCCCGUGUGUAUAUUGGAGAAGUCUGCAUUGGUGGAUAUUCUGAUCUGGCUGCUUUAGAAGAGCAGGGAAAACUCUCUCAAAAGCUAAAGCAAAUUGGUGCUCUAUAGUAACAUGAAGGCCCAAAAUGACUGGAAUCUGUGACUGCAUCACCUUGCCACUGGAGCCUUAGCAGUGACUUUCCUGUUGCCAUCUGAUUUCCUUCUAAAUCUACAAGAGAAGUGGAUAUUGGGCAUCUGUUCUUUUGGUGGUGUUAAUAGUGGUGCAAUAUGUUAUAUCCCUUCAUCCUGGGAGCAAACCCAGAAAAUGAUUAGAUUUUGCCUAAAGGAAUAAAAUGUUUGCACUAAU